AUGGUUUUGAAAAGGGCACGUGCUGAACUUGAAGAAAUUGAAGACCACGAUGAUGAUGAGGCACAGCGUCAGGGGGAGGUUAUGCGGAAGAGCAAGAUGCCAAAGCUGAUUGAGAGCGAAGGCGAUGAUGGCCUAGAAGACGAGUCCACCACGCGAGAAAUCGUCCUCCCCGACGACGAACCCAGGGCCAUUCAAGCCAUGCUUCGCUACCUCUACACGCUAGAUGUGACUCAGAUCUACCGCCCAACCGACCCACUGUUCAGCGACGUGGAGCGCGACCUCGACGUCUUCGUCGUGGCGGACAAGUACGGGCUAGACGAGCUUCGCGACUACAUGAGUUCGAAAUUGGUGCUGUUCUACGAGACGGACCAGAGGCCGCCGCUCGAUCCUAAGGGAUGGAGCGCAAAGAAUCAGAAAGGGUUUGGCGGUGUGUUGAGGAAGCUGACCGAGCUGGAGCUGGACGCGACCGAGGUCAGGAGGGCUGUGGCCAGAUUCAUCGUCAGAAGAGAAAAGAUGGUCAUGAAGUGGGAUUCGGUGCAGCGCGCAAUGGACGACGAAUUAUGGUUGAGAGACGAGGUUGCAAUUGCCGCGCUGGAAGCCAAGAGAGAGCUGGAGCAGCGCGUCCGGUACCUAGAACAGGAGGUAGAAGAGCUCCAGGAGAAGCUGGAGGAUGCGCACGCAGAGAGGGAUGAAAUGUCCGGCGAGGUCGAGGUGUUGCAAGGCCUGCUCUACGGGGGGCAGAAUGCUUACAUUGGAUGGCAUCUUGAGUUGGACGCGUAUGAUUGGCCGGAGUCUGACUGA